CACAAGCAAUACCAAAAUUUGGUAUUUUCAUACCAUUUUUAGUGCAGCAUUUGCAGUUGACCGAUUCAUUCGUGACGGGACAACGUUUGUACGCAUAUGUUUUCAGUUUUUUGCUAAUAACUUUAAAAUCUGUAGGAAUAGGUACCAAGCGCCGUACCAUGGGGUUGGCGCGGUUGGCGACCGCCAAGGGCGCCAAAAUCGAUGAUUGUACAAAAUUUUUAUGUCAGCUAUAACAUCCUCAUUAGAUAUUUGAAACAGAAAGGGCGCCGAAUUAUAAAAUAGAAUUACAAAUAACUAGAUAAUUUAGCCCUCACUCCGACCAAUGAGUUAAAGCACAAACUCCUGGAUGAGUAUUCUACCGCAAACCUUAGCCAACUGAACGACAUGUGCAACAACUCAAGCAACGUUCUUGACCUAUGCUUUGCCAGCUCUGGGACACCGAUCAACUUUACCCUUCUACCAGCUCCUCUGCCUUUGGUGAAAGACGUGCGCCACCACUUUCCGUUUCUUGUUUCCAUUUCCUGUAUGACGCUCGAUUUUCGUGAUGUUGCUGGCAAUACGUUCAUGGACUAUCGUAAGGGAAACUACGAUGGCAUGAACAACUUCCUGACCAACAUUAAUUGGAACCAACUACUGGCCAACCUUGACGCCGACACAGCUGCUGAUACUUGGACAGGUGUUCUAACAGACGCCAUCAACACCUUCGUUCCAAGGAAACAGCGCCAGCCUCCAAGACAUCCACCGUGGUCAACACCUCGACUGCAGAUUUUGAAGUCCAGGAAACGCGCUGCCCUCAAGAAAUACGCCAAACACCCGACAGAUCGAUGGAGAAACCAUUAUAGGUCAAGAAACCGGAAGUACAGUAUCCUGAACAAACAACUUUUUCGUCGCCACCAACACCGAAUCCAAAGCCGAUUGAAACGAGACCCCAAGAAGUUCUGGAACCACGUAAACGAGCAACGGAAAGAGACAGAUCUACCAACUGCGAUGAUACUCGACGGUGAAGAGGCUACUUCCACCGAGAGUAUAAGCGAUCUGUUUCGUCGCCAGUUCAGCAGCGUAUUCACCAACGAAGCAGUAGGGGAAACGCAUAUUGCUAAGGCUUCUAGCAACGUUCCACUGCGACCUCCCAUUGGACCUCACCCGGUGGUCACUUCCAAGUCCAUCCGUCGUGCCUGCGCCUCUCUCAAAGGUUCUACCAGCUGCGGCCCAGACGGCAUCCCCGCGUUUGUGCUAAAAAAGUGUUGCGAUGCACUCGCGGAACCAUUGGCUCAACUCUUCAAUACCUCGCUUGCUACUGGAGUUUUCCCGUGUUGCUGGAAGAAGUCCUUUGUUUUCCCAGUCCACAAGAAGGGCCCAAAACGUGAUGUCCGGAACUAUCGCGGAAUUGCUGCCCUCUGCGCAGUCAGCAAACUGUUCGAAGUAAUCGUGCUGGAUUUCAUUAAGUUCAACUGCUGUGACUAUGUCGCCCUGGAACAGCACGGCUUCAUGGCGAAACGUUCCACCAACUCUAACUUGGUCUCCUACUCGUCCUUCAUUCUUCGAACCAUGCAGCAACGGAAGCAGAUCGAUGCCAUCUAUACGGACCUAUCAGCGGCUUUCGACAAGCUGAACCACCGCAUUGCUGUUGCGAAACUGGAACGCCUAGGUUUCGGCGGGCCCAUGCUCGAUUGGCUACGCUCCUAUCUCACUGGCCGUGAAAUGAGCGUUAAAAUCGGUGACGUGAUUUCCGCUGCUUUCUCUGUUUUUCAGGCAUUCCGCAAGGAAGCCAUCUGGGCCCUCUGA